AUGGGUCAAACAAUAAGUAAAAGUUCAAAAUUUGUGGAAUCAAAGGAAAAAAGAACACCGGUUGACGAAUUACCUCCAGAAAUUGUGCAGAAUAUCCUCCUCAGAUUACCUGCUCCAUCCCUUAUCAACUGCAAAUUUGUAUGCAAGGAAUGGUUUUUCACAAUCACUGAUCCUAAAUUCGUUCGGAACCAUCUCGACCGUGUUUCCACCGUAGAUUACGACGACACCGAUGGCUUUAAGACCCUCAUCGAGCAAAGGAUUUUGUUUCCUGUCCGCAAUCGUUAUGAGUUCAGUCGAGAACGUGAUUUAGUCGAGCAAAUUGUCCCAGCAAGUUAUUGUGACGGGCUUCUGUUAUUAUAUGCAGUAUAUAAACAUUUUUUGAUUUUAUGGAAUCCAACUACGAACCAAGUCAACUCGAUUCCUCCACAUAAUCAGGAAAAGGAAAAUCAGUUCUCUCAGUUAGAUUUGUUUGGACUCGGUUAUGACCCUAUCCACCAAAAUUACAAAAUUUUUAGAGUUGGAGGUGGUUUUUCUAAUAAUAGGGCUUUGGUGCAAGUAUAUUCUGUGGCAGCUAGAUUAUGGAAAACUAUUGUAAAGCAUGGAGAAUAUUUCCCAUAUCAUAGAUAUCCACUAUACUGGCCCUGGGGUUGUGGUCACUUUACAGCGACUAUAAACAAACGUCCUCACCAGCUCGUUUCUCACUCGGAUACGUACCGAGUUGCAGCAUUAUACUUCGACGCAGUAGAAGAUAGCUACGGGGAGAUAAAUCUGCCUUCGCCCCUUGAUUUGACUCAAUCUUUCCAUUACUGA